GUGAGUACAUGCAGGAGCCAGAAGUCAGGUACUGCCUCAAACUGCUGAUAGGAAUAUCCGUCACUGUGCUAGUGAAGGUGAGCUCACUGUCCUCGCAGCAGCUUCCACCUCUCCGUGAAACAUCAGCCUCCAUCUGGGCUCAGGGCCUCGCUGCUCAUCUCUUUGUGUAAUCUGUUUUCAACUUGUCCUCCGGAAGUCUUUGUUUGACAGCCACCCAGCCCCGCUCCUUCCUUCCACUCCCCCUCUUCUGCCUCACCACUUUCAGCCUGUAUGUUCUCUCUCAUUUGCAUUUCUUCUGCUUCCUCGGUACGAGAAAUAGUCCAAUUCAAAGAGCUGAGAGGGGAUGAGAUUGGAGAGGAGAACACGGCGUGGCUGGCAGAGCUGCCAGAAGGAAGCAGGAACGCUGGGGAUGAGGCUGCUCCGGCUUUUCGUCCUGGAUAACUGUCACUGAUCAGAGAAACGAUAAUUAGAGACCUGGCACUGGCACAUCACGACCACAGCAGCGUUGCCAUGGAGACUGGCAAGCCAGGAUUGGCGAGUGUUCCAAUGCACAUCCGCUCCAUUGCAGCGCCGGUAGAGAAAAGGAUGGAUGUCCAGGCCCCUCUGACGGCUGUUUACAUCCACACAGUGCCUUACCCUCAGCCUCCUGCAGCUGCCCGGGAGCCAUCCACGCUCCAUCUGGCCACGCCGCCACUCUACUCCAAGGAGACACUUCCUUUUCUGACUCUGCAUCUUGCUGGGGGGCUGCAGUCUCUGCCAGGGUUGAGUCUGGCAGCUGGCACUCCUUCAGCCAAACCCAAGUCUGCCGGAAAACAUGUGUGUCCUCACUGUGGACGAGACUGUAUGAAACCCAGUGUGCUGGAGAAGCAUCUCCGCUGCCACACCGGGGAGCGGCCUUACCCCUGCACCACUUGUGGAGUUUCUUUCAAGACUCAGAGCAACCUCUACAAACAUAGACGCACUCAGGCUCAUGCCCGGCUCUCAUCUGAGUCUGAGCAGAGCAGCUUGGACAGCAUAUCCAGCUCAAGAGAGACCCGUACGUCCAGUUUGUCCUUAGAUGAGCGCAGUGAGGAGCCAGGCAGCGUGGAGAGCAGCAACCUUCCUGCUGCUGAGAGCUCCACUCUAAGCAGUACUACAGAGAUGCAACAAUCUCUCUGUAAACAGAAAGAGGGGAGCCUCGCUGUUCACAAUACAGAAACAAACGGGAGCGAAGAGGUGGGAAAAGAAGAGGAUAAGCAGGAGAUGGAAAAUACUAAACCACCUUUGCCAGUUAGUCGACAUCUUCCCCUCAAGAGGCAAGAAGCCAUGCUGUUCUCCAAACAGUGGGAGUGCUCUGUAUCUCGAGGUAAAUCGCAGAGUCACAGCAGCACAGACUCUGGUUUCAGUGAGAUAGGCGAUCACUACCCAAGCCCCGGCAGUGUUCUACCCGACCACAGCAUGGAUUCCCUGGUUGAAUCAAACAAGGAGCAUCUGGAGGAAUCCACCAGGACACACACCCCUUCAGGAGAAAGUAGACAUGAGACCAAAGAUACAGCAAGAGAGCAGGAGCAAAAGAUACUGGAGGAGCGCAUUUCUAAGCUGAUUUCAGAGAACACAGCUGUUGUGGAGGACAAACAGCUGGAGAAUGUGAGGCCAAGGAAGACAGUCCUGUCAAAGCAGGGGAGCAUUGACCUUCCCAUGCCAUACACCUACAAAGACUCCUUUCACUUUGACAUGAAGAUCAGUCCCGCUCAGCACAUUGGUUUACAGAGACACAUCAAGCCGGGACUGCACAGUUCUGUGCCCACUCAGCGCUCCUCCACCAUGGAGCAUGCCCCCCUAACGCGCAGCAAUUCUCUCCCCUUCAGCGUUGCCCUGCUGCAGCCUGAGAGAAGCAGCCCCACCUCCUCUUAUCAGAGCGAUUAUGUAACGCCCGCCCGGAGGAGAAGCUCUGGCCAAAUCAACCCAACGUGUUCGAAGCCUGUUAACCAGCACUCGUCCACCCACCACCCACUUGUCCGACAGACCGCCGUAGACUGCAACCACGCAACAGAUGGUCUCUUCUCAAACUCAUCGGUGGAGGAGGCGUGCACUGGCAGCCUCAGCUGCGAUGGAGAUGGUGGUGACAUCUGCGAUGAGCCAAACACCAGAAAGAUCCGGAGGAAGAAACCACAGAAGUUUUUUUACAAGUGGUACAUGUACAGGGGGGGGACGUUUAAAAGGCUCUACAAUGCUGAGACGACGGGUGAUAACAGUACUUCCAAAGGUAGGAAAUGUUCAACAAACCCAGAGGUUGUUCUACAGAAGCCCGCACUGGUGGAUCAUAAGGAGACAGGCUCAGCCAUCAGCAUCACAAACAGCGCUGCAACAGUCGCUCAUCAGUCUGCCAGCCUCCCCCUCAUCUCUUCUGUGGAUUUCAGUCACCUUAACAGCUCCAUCAAGGCUCCACUCAGGAGAAAUUUGUCAUUGUCGGUGUUGCCGUCACCAACCACCGGAUCACUGCUCAGCUACAAAACAGAGUGUGUGAGCAGAACAGAGGCUGAGAGGCCAGUUAAUGCUGAACAGCAACCACGUGGAGCCCAUAUUCCCUCUGACAGGAAAAAGCAGAGAACUGAUGACAAAAUAACUUCGUCUCUGGGGAUGCUGACUGACCCAAACACAUCGACUCGUCCCCCUCCCUCUGCUACUGCUAAUGUCCUUCUGCAGGAUGCAAAUCUGACUUUUAUAAACUUUACAAAAGAUCCAAAUCACACUGAGCUGCAAGGAGCUGUCUUUCCGUCAAGCAUGCUCAAUGCAAAAGCACCUUCAGUUAGAAUUUCGCCAACCACUUCCGUCCCCACCGCUGCCAAGAGCAGCUUCCUGCCCAAGUACCAGCUCAAGUUACCUAAUACACCUGACCCUGACCCCAGAAGUUCACAGACAGCUGUGGGAAAACCGAAGGGAAGUGAUGACUACUCUCUCACUGCGCCGCCAUCCACAGCCUCUGAUCAAACAUCACCGUCAGGAGCAACUUGUGUACAGAAUUGUGGAAAUCUCUUCCCUUGUGACGUCGGCAGGAUGAAAACUUUCUCUUCCACACAAGAACAGCUUGCCUUAACGUGCGCAGUCACAGCUCUUAGUAAGGCUGCAGCAUCACAACUCAGUCAAAGUUUAGCAUCUAGUGUCACUGUGGUGCACAGGCAACUUGCAACAUCCACCCAAACCACAAGUUGCCUACGAGAUUCUCAUGCCGGAUUAUGCAACGCUUUGAUGCAGCCUUUACGAUCUGCAGCAGGCUCGGUGCCUCCCCGGCUACCCACACCUGCACCUGCAGAUGCAAACUUAUCUGUAACCACAGUAAACAAUCUGACAUCUGCAGCUACAGUUUCAGCUUUUUCACAAUCCCAACCUUACCUUAGUCCUAACACCCCCCUGUCACAGGCGUCAAACCCUGGAAACAGUGCGCACGUCAGCUCAAACACCCCAACUGUACCGCUUAACCAUGUGCAGCCAGCUCAGAAUAUAUUUCAUGUUCACACAGCAGACCUCCAGAUCUGCCUCCAGAUCAUUUCUGACGAACAGUUGGCCCUCAUUGCACCCCAAAUUGAACGUACACCUGGUAUGAGCCUGUCUCACACACCGGAUGUUGAAGCAAUGACCCAGGAGGAUCCUCAGAAUAAAGCUCAAAACUCUCUCACAGUGGAAAAAAGCUAUGAAGCCGAGAACCACGAACAGCAAGGAAAUGAAAAGAAAACUGAAAGAAAGUCUUUGCCCACACUUAACUCGGAGGCAAUAACACCUCCACUGUCUGGAGGAUCUGUGAAAGGAGAUCCAGGUCCCCACCUGGCUGAACACAGUACAAGCAAUAAGGCUGCAGCUUCAGCUAACUCUAACCUGUCGCUACACCCACACAAAUACGCUCCUGUAAGCACCGUCAUGCAGCCUCAGAGCUCUGCGGGCGAUGUUGUGCCAACUGCUGCUUCACUCAGAGGUCGAACUUCAGACCAUGAGCAUUACCUCCCUCCCAACAGUUGCACUGAGGAGCAGUUUUCACUGGACAGGAGGGCCGGCCGAAGCCAGCCGGUCUCUGGCCAGCACAUGCUUAGCGUGAGUCCUCCUUCCACCAGCACACCAAGUCAGAGCGGCAUGAAAGGUGAACUAGCAGGUAAAGAAAGCCAACACAAACUUCCAGAUCAUGGAGCCUGGUGUAAAAACAGCCAAUUAGAAGGUGGUGAAGUCCUCAGUCAGGCGGACAGUGCUGCACAUGUCCAGCUCCAAGCUCCAGGCCAGCUGAACUCACAGGCAUCCGUCUACUGCUGUCAGCAACAGGAACCUAUACUGUAUGCCAAUCAGAAUCCAUCCAAACCUGCAAGCCUACGAUGCAACACAGUGGGACCUUCGGAUUGCUCCUCCUCUUGCUUGGAAGUUACUGAAUUGCAGGAUCCACAAAAACACAGUGGACCGUUUACCUCCCUGUCCUCUAACUUCCAGGUGGAAAGACAAAAAGAUGAGCCAGCUGUGUGUACAAGUGUCCAGAGUCCAACUACAGGGUUUAUAGAAGAAUGUGCAGCCCAGAAGGAGCUGCAGACACAGGAGCAUGCAGGGACCGCCCUGCAGCCACAGAGGACAGACUGGAGACCAAAGCAGAGCCAAGCCGAGGCAGAGACCCACCCCCAGGCCGAAGGGCAGAGAGCUGGAGGUGGUGGGGCGACCGGGGAGGACAGGAACAGAGAAGCUAAAGAGAUGCAGAUCCAGCUAAAGAGAUCCAGCAGAUCCAUCUUUUUACCAGAAACAACCAGGAUAAAGGAAGAAGAGCCAGUGGAUAAAAACUGCCUUCUACCUGAACAGCAUCUUCAGGAUCGUUCCCGGACUCACUCAGGAAUGUCUGAGUGUCAUCCUUCAGCCCCUCACAAAACUCCGGCUACUUUCAAUAACUCAACUUUGCCUCCCAGCAGCAUUCAUGCCAGCCUUCUAAAUUCACUCCCACUGGAUAUUAAACAGUUCCCUCCCUUUCAACAGAGCUGGGACAACAUCAUCCAUAAGCAACAAACACAAGAGGUACACGAAACCAGUUCAACCCUCGCGACUGCUCAGCUUCAUUUAUCUGAAAGCCAUCAUGUUUUCUCAAGAACUGAGCCUUCUCUUCAACAAACCCACCCAGUCUCACAUCAACAGCUAAAGCAAACUAGCAUCAGUCUCUCUGUUCAGAACACGUCUACAGGUAACUAUAGCACAUCUGUAAGCUGGUCUGGUACAUUAGCUUCAACAUCUGCACGCUCUAACCUCUGCAGAACUACUGCUGCACUGACUGCAGACAGCCAGGAUACUGGCUCUCCAUUUAAGUCUGCCACAUACCUGGAAGACUACUCCAGUCAGAGCAGCAACAUUCCCAGCAAAUACCAGUCUGUUUUCAUGGGAGGGUCGCUUCACGGCUUCCAGCCAGCUGAUUUUCUGACCAGUGAUGUAAGGCCUGUCCAGAGCUGCUACCGAGAAGACAGCAGCAGCAGCGAUGAUGAGGGGAAGCUUAUUAUCGAGCUUUAGGACAAACACGUUGCACGCAGUAAUAAGUUUGAAGCUGACCUACGACUCAUUUCAGUAUAAAAAUUCAUCCUGUGUUGUGUCUGCGCAACAAGCAGCUCAACAGAGAAUCACCUAAAUAUGUUCAGCAGACAACGUUUGUUCCCAUUUCUCUGUUCAUCGACUAAAAGCCGCCAAAGAAACAAAGUUUGACAAGAUAAUUUAGAAUCUUUGCACCAGCAAUGUGAUUUCCAAAGAGCUGUUCUCCCAGAAUUAGUCCUCUCUCACCACGCUAUUCAGCCUAAAAAAAGAUGUGCUGGGCUGGAAAACACGAGAUGAAGAGCAUCUAAAAUUCAGCAAAGACCUGAACCAGGACCUGACAUCUGGACCUUCAGUUGAUCCAUCUAUUGUUGGCCAAAGCCUCAUCAGAAAUGGUCUCCAUGGAAACGUGUCAGGAAGCCAGAAAAGGCUGAGAUAUGCCACAUGGCACAUAAACUGGACUGAAGAUCAAUGGCAACGGGUCUGAUGGAGGGAUGGAUCUUCCCCGGAACCCGGACCUGGACGGGUCCGAUGGAGGGAUGGAUCCUUCCCGGAACCUGGACCUCGACGGGUCCGAUGGAGGGAUGGAUCCUCCCCGGAACCCGGACCUCAACGGGUCCGAUGGAGGGAUGGAUCCUUCCUGGAACUCAGACCUCGAUAGUACUGAAGCAGGGUGGGGUCAUCUUGACAGAGAACAGGACAAAAGACAGACUUUGUAAAGUCCUUCAAGGAUCCUGUAGAACUAUUCCUGGAAAGUCCUUCAAGGAUCCUAGAGAACUGUGCUGCAUUUCCCUGUUUUGUGCUUUUUACAUGUCAGUAAUAAACAUCUGCACUGCU